AUGGAGCCAUCUCCUCUGUCUCCCAGCGGGGCAGCACUUCCCCUGCCUCUAUCACUGGCCCCGCCACCACUGCCCCUGCCUGCAGCAGCGGUGGUGCAUGUGUCCUUCCCAGAGGUGACCAGUGCCCUCCUGGAGUCUCUCAAUCAGCAGCGGCUGCAGGGCCAGCUCUGUGAUGUGUCCAUCCGGGUGCAGGGACGGGAGUUCCGGGCUCAUCGUGCUGUCCUGGCUGCCUCUUCCCCUUACUUCCACGACCAGGUCCUACUCAAGGGCAUGACCUCCAUCUCGCUGCCCAGCGUCAUGGACCCAGGAGCCUUUGAGACUGUUUUGGCUUCAGCUUACACUGGCCGCCUCAGCAUGGCCGCUGCUGACAUUGUUAACUUCCUCACAGUGGGGUCCGUGCUCCAAAUGUGGCACAUCGUGGAUAAGUGCACUGAACUCCUCCGAGAAGGCCGGGCCUCAGCCACCACCACCACCGUCACCACUGCUGCAGCCACGUCGGUCACUGUCCCUGGUGCUGGGGUCCCCUCAGGGAGUGGGGGCACGGUGGCCUCUGCCACUGUGAGCUCUGUGCGCUCCCAUGCCUCCAGCCGGGCCAGUGAGAAUCAGUCCCCCAGCAGCAGCAACUACUUCAGCCCCCGGGAGUCCACUGAUUUCUCAUCUUCCUCCCAGGAGGCCUUUGCAGCUUCGGCAGUGGGCAGUGGGGAGCGCCGCGCAGGCGGCCCUGUAUUCCCCGCCCCUGUGGUUGGCAGUGGGGGUGCUACCUCUGGCAAACUGCUGCUGGAGGCAGAUGAGCUGUGUGAUGACGGUGGGGAUGGGAGGGGUGCAGUGGUCCCUGGGGCUGGGCUCCGCCGGACCACCUAUGCACCCCCCAGCAUUGUGCCACAGAAACACUGGGUAUAUGUGAAGCGGGGUGGAAACUGCCCAGCAUCGGCACCCCUGGCUCCUCAAGACCCAGACCUGGAAGAGGAUGAGGAGGAGGAAGACUUGGUGUUGACCUGUGAGGAUGAUGAAGAUGAAGAGCUGGGGGGUGGCUCCAGGGUUCCAGCAGGGGGAGGACCUGAGGCUACCCUUAGCAUUAGUGAUGUCCGGACCCUGUCUGAGCCUCCGGACAAGGGAGAGGAGCAGGUCAAUUUCUGUGAGUCCUCCAAUGACUUUAGUCCCUAUGAAGGUGGGGGUCCUGGGGCAGGGCUUGAUGAUUCAGGGGGACCAACCCCUUCAUCCUAUGCUCCUGCCCACCCUCCAAGGCCCCUGCUCCCAGUGGACAUGCAGGGCAACCAGAUCCUAGUCUUCCCAUCCUCUUCAUCCUCCUCCUCCUCACAGCCACCGGGGAACCAAGCUGAACAUGGGGCGGUGACCCUGGGGAGCACAUCGGCAGGGGCCCUGGGAGGGCCAGGUGGUACCGGUGGGACCCCUGGAGGGACAGGCAGUGGGGAUGGAAAUAAGAUCUUUCUGUGCCACUGCGGGAAAGCCUUCUCCCACAAGAGCAUGCGAGAUCGUCAUGUGAACAUGCACCUCAACCUGCGGCCCUUUGACUGCCCCGUGUGCAACAAAAAGUUCAAGAUGAAGCAUCACCUGACGGAGCACAUGAAGACGCACACGGGUCUUAAGCCCUACGAGUGCAGUGUCUGUGCUAAGAAGUUCAUGUGGCGAGACAGCUUCAUGCGCCACCGGGGACACUGUGAGCGACGGCACCACUUAGGUGGAGGGGGCGGGGCUGGACCGGGCCCCGGGGGUGGGCCCAGCGGGCCGGCCUUGCAGCCCAAGAGAGAGUCUCCCGCAGGCGGCGGGGGCAGCGGCGACGAGGCGAGUGGGGCCACGCCCCCGUCCAGCCGAUGCGUCUGGUCCCCGCUAAGUGUCCACAAGGUGGAAAUGGGCUUCAGUGGGGGCGGCGGAGCAAACUGA